CAUUAUCAAUCCCUACUUUACCGACAUUAUCAAUAUAACCCCAAAAUUUCGGUACAUUGUUAAUAAAACGAUGUCGGUCCCUCGGGCUUUGCCCCAGAGCAAGGAGGCCCUCCUCAAAUCGUACCGCACGCGCCUCAAAGACGACGUCAAAAGCAUGUUGGAAAACUUCGAAGAAAUCGUUAAAUUGGCCAAAGGCGAUCACGACACGCAGUUAUCUCGCAUGACGCAAUGCGAGCAAGACACUUUUGAGAUGCACGUCCGUGCCGCUAACAUAGUCAGGGCCGGGGAAUCCCUCAUGAAGCUUGUCUCUGACAUCAAACAGUAUCUGAUUUUGAACGAUUUCCCGUCCGUUAACGAGGCGAUAACGCAAAACUCGAAGCUUUUCAGGACAAAGCAAGCUGAGUGUGACCAGAAAUUGAUGUCUUUGAGGGACGAUAUGGCGGCUGAUUUGUACGACUUGGAAGAGGAGUAUUACAGUAGUUUGAAUAAAUAAAUGAUAAAGCAGCAAUUUGUAUUUUUUAUUCGUUGUUUACGCAAUAAAAUUAUAAUUUACAAACUUC